AUGCCAUAUGCUCGAUCUAUUGAAGCUGAUUCGGCUUCUGUUAAUAAAGAGUCUUCAGAUUCACAAGAUGGAGAGAUAGAAAGAGAAAAGGCUUCCGUUCCUCUGGAGAGGGCUUCUUCAAACGAAAAUGAGGCAUUGGAAAGAACAAAGUCUGCAGAUGCAUCCAAAGUUCCACCAAAUUUGCAGCGUGAUCUGGCGCACGAUAAUAUUACCGAAGAUCAACAAUUGGAACUGAGAAUGAAUACUGUACCUGGGGAACGUCAGUCGGAAGUAGACAGGCAAUUCGAUUCUAAUCAAGAGGCUGACUCUCAGUAUGCUUCACUCGUCGACCAUAUGGAGGCUCCUGCGCCUGGAAAACUUCAUCUAGAGCCUCCGCCUCAGUUCAAACACCCUAUACAAACCUCUCAGCUUUCCAUUAGCGCGUUCGGAGUAUCCCUGUUACGAACAAGAGAAGGAAAUGAUUGUGCUCGCUCAAGAACGCUUACGAAGGAGGUCAAGAUUCAAAGGGCACUGCCAGGACUUGUCAACAUUGUUAGCGGUUGGAAGAUCAAAUUAGGGCAAGGAGUACGACUGAUUUCCGCCAGGAUUGAAGCGGAGUUCAAGCAUGGGCCGGUCAGCACCAAAUUGGGCGUCAGCAACGUGACUGCUACAGCCCUAGAGAAAUAUGUCGUUGUCGGCCUUUACAAUAGAAAUAAUAACGUUCCCGUAGAACGUCUGAAACGUGUGAAGGAAGCCGGUCAACUUUUUGCAGCGAUCAGGUCCGCAUCUAAAAGUCUACGAAGCCUCCCCCAACGUCUCUUCUCACUCAAAUACGUCGCCGGUUUCGGAAUAUACGAGUGUCACCCGGACAAAGGCUACCACACAUACGUGGACAUCGACCUUCCGACCGAACGCGUCUUGCUUGAAUUUUACCGGGACUACAAAAGCCUCAGAAACGACGUCGAGGAUCGGUGGGGAGAUUGGGUCCACGAAAAAUUCAAUAACGGCUCGACUGAUCCUGGGCAGGGCCGGUACUCGCUGCAACUUGUCCUGCGGUGGUCAGUCGGCAGGAUCACAAUCUACGUCACGGCCCCUAUCAUCCUCAGCUUGGCCAUCGGGAUCUGGUACAUGCAGAAGACGGGCGAUGCCGAGGCCGCGUGGGUUAUUUCAACCUACAUCGUCGCAGCCACUACCGGUCCGUUAAUCCAACAACGUUUUCAAUAUUAUAUUCCCCCUUUUCUUGUUUGCUGA